GACUACAACUCCCGGCGGGCCGCGCGGCGUCGACAUACGGCUCCUGGUGGGUCUCGCAGCAACUGACUGCGGCUACCGGCGGGCCGGCUGAGCUGCUGAGAUGCUGGUGGCGGCGGCGGCCGAGCGGAACAAGGAGCCCAUCCUCCGUGUGCUGCGGCAGUACAUGGACCCGGCCCAGCGCGGCGUCCGCGUGCUCGAGGUGGCCUCGGGCUCCGGCCAGCACACAGCCCACUUCGCGCGGGCCUUCCCCCACGCCGAGUGGCAGCCGUCCGACGUAGACCAGCGCUGCCUGGACAGGUGCGACCCCGGCUGCAUCUCGGCCACCACUCAGGCCCAGGGGCUGUCCAACGUGAAGGCCCCGCUGUACCUGGACGUGACCUGGGACUGGGAGCACUGGGGCGGGAUUCUGCCCCAGUCGCUGGACCUGCUUCUCUGCAUUAACAUGAUCCACAUCAGCCCCCUGAACUGCACCGAGGGGCUCUUCAGAGCAGCGGGACAUCUGCUCAAACCCAAGGCGCUGCUGAUCACCUAUGGGCCUUAUGCCGUCAAUGGGAAGAUCACUCCGCAGAGUAACGUGGAUUUUGAUCUAACUCUUAGAUGCAGGAACCCUGAGUGGGGGCUGCGGGACACAGCCCUCCUGGAGGACCUGGGCCAAGCCAGUGGCCUGCUCCUGGAGAGGAUGGUGGACAUGCCAGCCAACAACAAGUGCCUGAUAUUCCGGAAAGAGUAACUCCCUCCUGCUCUCGCAUGUUUGUGUCUCCACCAAGACCCUUUCUGGAACAAACCAGAUAUCAGCCCCUGCCUCCCAGGGCUGGGCCAGGAGGUCUGGCCUUGCCCAGUCUGGGGGCUCUUGGCUGAUGGCCACAGGGCUG